AUGACGUCACGAAGUGACCAACGUGGACGAUCUGUGAGCUCCGAGAUCAUCACGGGUUCUGAUACUCGAUCGUAUCCGGUUUACAUCGCGAUCCAGGACUAUCAGCCAGAAAGCACCGAUGUUGAGGGUAUUCCUUUGGAACAGGGUCAAAUUGUCGAGGUUUUGGACAAGAAGAAUCCAGCCAGCUGGCUGGUGCGAACUAAG